AUGUGGACCGGUUGGUUGAGCUCACUGUUCCUGUCGUUCAACACAAGACUGGAAAUCCUGCUGUUCUACUGUAUCCUGGGCGGUUCAUAUCUCUACUAUGUGGCCAGCUUCAGUAAGCCUGGAACAAUCCAGCGCAUGCUUGCUUCUGGUCCAAUCUUGCUGGGGAACAUCUUUGUCCCUUUCAUCUUCGACCCCGUGAAUGAAGUGUGUACAGCUAUGAGUGUGGUGUUCCUGCUCACCUGGCUGGGCACCUUCAAGGUGUAUGACACAAUCACUGAGAAGAGGCUGGUGAAGACCUCCAGAGGAAAUGCCCAGCCAAGCAUAGGCCUUCGUAGGCUUGGCGCUGCCUCGUCCUUCCUGGUCUCAGGCAUUAUCCAUGAAGUAAUACUCUGGUAUGCCAUUGGGCAUGUGCCUGGCGCAACUGGCGGCUGGUUCAUCUUCUUCGCAAUUCAGGGCCCCCUUCUGGCAGUAGAGUCUGAGCUGAAGAGGUGGGCGCGCAAGAGGAAGCUCGAGGUGCCCCGUUGGGUUGCCAUCCCCCUGACCAUCACCCUUCUGCUCACACUCGGUGACUACUUCUUCUUCAAGCCUGCCAUGCAGUCAGGCCUGGCAGACAGGGUGGUGCAGAGCCUCAUGCAGAGCUACACGGCCCUGUGGAGCACAGCAAGGAAUAUGUUGGGGCAGUGA